ACUAUCGGUACUGCGUCGGUCUGACUUUCUCAUAUUUCAUGCUGCUCACGAAUGCCGACUUCUACUUUAGUCUGUACCAUUCAACAUUCCCCUCAGGAAGUACAUUCCCCUCAGGAAGUGUCGUUCAGUGAAGUUAGCGUAGCUAGUAUCAUGUUCAUGAUCAUGAUGAAAAAGAAAAGUAGGAGAAGCAAAACAUAAACCAAAUCCAACUCUAGCAUGGCAAUAGAUUACGACGAGGCCAUCAAGUCCUUACGUGGCAGCCUUCAUCUUCACACAACCAUACAACCAACCUUUCAUGGUAAGCCUUGAAGAUGCAACAAGGCUCUUUGUACUUUUUGCCUUUAUCUUUCGAUAAGUUAUAACAUAUUAAACGUCACCAACUCCAGCAUAAUCUUCAUUAUCUUCAUUCAUAUUGUCCACCCGCUAUAAUUCCCCUACAUCGUAAGCAGAAACGAACAUGGUAAUCCCCUUGCCUGCAGUGCAGGUACAACCUGAGCCCACACAGUGUGGGAUGGUUUCGAGGCCAUGGCUCUACUUCUUAACCUGUGUAGUCAUGCUGCAUGCGAUAGAGCUGUUCUGGUUUCGGAACAUCAUAGGUGGGUUCCUCAUGCUCAUACUCGUCAGCGUCGGCUUCUACACACUACGCGAAGGCUCAUUGGAUAUGCAGUGUAUGGUACUAGCGUUACCUGCAUUGCCAAUAUUCACUUUGGGACUUCGAUUUGAUUGUUUCUGGAUUGUUUUUGGUUACUACCUAAUACUAACAAACCAGACUAUACUUGCUGGUACCUACUUACAUGGUAUAUGUGUCUUCAACACCGACAUUGGUCGUUGUGACUCAACGCUUCCUCACAGCACUCUUUUCUCUUCACGACAUAGUCCAUCAAUUAAAAAAUCCACCUCAAUCAUUAAGGUUGUCUGGGGCAUGAUGUGUUUUAUCAAUGGCGUCUUUUCGGGGAUAGAGUUGAUACACCGAGCUGUACAGCCAAAUGCGCUUCCACUUUUCGCUGGGAAAGAAUAUCAAAAGGUAGUCAUCAUGAUGACAUUAUAACAACGCUUUGAUGUUUUACAAAAAGAAAAAGGCUCCAUGUUAAAAAUCCCAAUAUUCAUUGAAUUCUAUUUUUUUCCAUGACUUCACACACUUGUGUUUCUAGUAGGUAUACUCUCUUAUUCUCGUUCCUUUCUGAUUCUCCUCUGAAAAAUGUCUCAGGUCCUGGAUGCCAAGCUGCCGCGACUCACGUUAUGGGAAUGGAAUAUGCUGAAUGCCUUCAACAUUGCCGGCGUAAUGGCAUUGGUUUCUUUAAGGCUUCGCCUAAUCCAUCUCCCUAAGUAUCUAUCCUGACAAGUGGAAACGCAGUUCAGCCUGAACUGUUCAGGAUGAGUCUCAGGAUCAUGGAUUAGGAUGUUGCGCUCUAACUUCUAUUUCUAUCGUGGCCUUUGUUGUUUUCAGAAAAAGUAUCGACGAACUAACGCAGCGAGAAGAGCAGCCUCUGAUCUUGCCAUCAAGAGACUUCGGAGGAGGACGUGUAGGUAACUCGGCACGUGGAAGUGGAGCUUCACCAACAAGGGCACCGGCUGUUAUGGUUUGGAGGACUUCUAAUUCUAAAUACUACAAGUUAUAAUAGAGUAGUUUAUAGAACGGAUGUAGGAUGGACUUGGAUGGAUCGGAUGGACCCCCCUGAUUCUUCCGAUCCUACUUGAAAUGGUGGGAAGUCCAUCCGUUCCAUCCGAUCCAUCCCAUCCCGGAUCUGGCACCCCUAUAAACUCCGCUAUUAUAACAAUUCAUCAAUUCCCCUGCUAUAACUGUUGUUCUUGUAGCUGAUGUUGUAGUUGUCAAGAAACUUUUCGUCCCUAUCAUCAUCUACUGCUGAUGUAACUCUUAGUGUACAGUGGCUGUCAUUGUCAAACUUGCUAAAUAAAUGCUUCUACGUAGAUAGAAGUGCUACACCGAAGUGCUAGUACAAGGGCAUGAUGUGGUAUCAACACCUACUUGUACCUCUCUUCUAACUUUGAUCCAGAAAACGCGAAUGGUCGUGGAUCGAGUUCCUUCGUCCCUUUCAGCGGCGAGGGAAAUCGUGUUGGUGGAGCAGAUAGCGAUUAGACGAAGAGGAGAAAGCACAUUAGACCUAGACGCAGUAAAUGAAGUCACAGUAUUAAGAAGGAAGCAACUUGAUAAAGCUAGUAGCUUACAAAUUAACAUCUUCAACUUAGUAAUUUAUUAUGGUAAAAGUAAUAGUCUGAUUCUCUACCGUAGUUUAUGCAACAUAUUACAACAUUUACAUUUAUCAUCUACAUCACAUUAACAACUACAACCACCACGUUACCCAACUCGUUCUCGAGUUCAUUCCUUCAUCUAUGUAUGGGGAAAACACACUGCAAGGCAGAAAGAAUCAGGAAGUGGGAACACUUCCUCUAGUAGGGGAAAAUUAUUGUACAAAACGGAUCGUUCUUUGGGCACGACCACGGUGGCGAGAGAGGAAAGACGCUACUAGCAGUACGUGAACAGGUUGUCAGUAGUAGAGGCGACUAGAAAGAAGGCAGCAUAGAGUUCACAAUCACGAUGACCGUUGGUUAGGGUCUGCAUUCCAAGAAUAAGAAUCUUCGUCUCUCUCAAAGCCUUGUCGUUAGUGUAUUUUCAUUCGAAACAAAGUCAAUGUACUUCAACAUCAUUUUGGGAAGAUCCACCAUGCUGGAUCAGCAAGAAAACAAUUGCAAUUGUACACAGCGAAAAACACCAACGACAAAGUAAGAAUAUAGAAAUGCAGUAUGCAAUUAUAAUUUCUACGCAAGGAUAU